AUGUCUGGUUUCGAGGUCGCCGGCAUCGUGUUGAGAGCGAUCCCCCUCGUCGUCAAAGCCCUAGAGGCGUACAGCAGUUUCCUGGCUGAUUGGGGCAAGACUCCCUCGGAGCUGAAGAGCCUGAAUCGACAACUUACCACGGAGCGGUCAAAGUUCGUCAAGGUCACGCGCGACGGACAGGUCGAGUGGAUGAAUUGGGGACGAAUGACACACGAGUUCAAGAAGUUCCUGCACCGCUCGAAUAGAAAAGACUACUAG